CAGUUCCACCUCCUCCUCUCCAUCUCUUUUCAGCCCCCCUCCCGCCCCUCACACAGUGCUUUCCCUCCCUCCCCUCUCACUUUCCCUCCAUCGCCUCCCUCCUCCCUCCCUGACUCUCUCCUCAGAGGACCUGCUCUGUCUCUCUCUGCACUUGUCUCUUCAGUCAAGGAGAAACUAAUUGAAGGGAAGAAUAGAAGAAAGGAGCUGUUGGAAAACUAAACCAGCCCAAACUUUACUUCUCCGCAGCAUGCCACAGAAAGAUUACAGGAGUCAGAGCAGCUGGGAGAGCGGCGUGGCCUCCAUGAUGCAAAACAAGGUCCACGGUGUCUGCAGUGAAGGCCACAGUGGAGUCAACCAGCUGGGAGGUGUGUUUGUGAACGGACGACCUCUGCCAGAUUCCACGAGGCAGAAGAUCGUGGAGCUGGCUCACAGCGGGGCGCGACCCUGUGACAUCUCCAGAAUCCUCCAGGUGUCGAACGGCUGCGUGAGCAAGAUUCUGGGCCGCUAUUACGAAACCGGGUCAAUACGUCCGCGCGCCAUCGGGGGCAGCAAACCUCGCGUCGCCACUCCGGAGGUGGUGGGGAAGAUCUCCCAGUACAAGCGCGAGUGCCCGUCCAUCUUCGCCUGGGAGAUCCGAGACCGACUGCUGGCUGAAGGGGUCUGCACCAACGACAACAUCCCCAGUGUCUCCUCCAUUAAUCGAGUGCUUCGGAACCUGGCCAGCGACAAGCAGCAGAUGGGACCAGUGGGAGGAGAGGGAAUGUUCGACAAGAUCAAGAUGCUGAACGGACAGACCACCUGGGGAGGGCGCUCCUCCUGGUACCCCGGCACUGCACUGGGCAACGCUGAAUGUCAACAGUCAGACGCAGGUGAAAACACCAUAUCGCUGAGCUCCAAUGGUGAGGACUCGGAAGAGACUCAGAUGAGACUCCAGUUGAAGAGGAAGCUGCAGAGGAACAGGACGUCCUUCACACAAGAGCAGAUCGAAGCGUUGGAGAAAGAAUUCGAACGGACUCACUAUCCUGACGUGUUCGCCCGAGAACGCCUCGCCACUAAAAUCGACCUGCCUGAGGCCCGGAUCCAGGUUUGGUUCUCGAACAGACGGGCGAAAUGGAGAAGAGAGGAGAAGCUGAGGAAUCAACGGCGCCACGUGUCGAGCUCCUCCAACCACAUUCCCAUCAGCAGCAGUUUCAACUCUAGUGUUUACCAGCCGCUCCCGCAGCCCACCACACCAGUGUCCUUCUCACCAGGAUCCAUGCUGGGCCGGACUGACCCGGUUCUGUCCAACAGUUACGGCCUCCCGGCCAUGCCAAGUUUCAGUAUGGCGGCCAGCCUGCCCAUGCAAGCAUCCAACCAGACGUCCUACUCCUGCAUGCUGCCGGCCACUCCAAGUGUAAACGGGAAGGGCUAUGACACGUACACCCCGCCUCACAUGCAGUCGCACAUCAACAGCCAGUCCAUGUCCUCUGCAACGUCGUCAACAGGCCUGAUUUCUCCGGGCGUCUCUGUUCCAGUCCAAGUCCCAGGAAGUGAAAGUGACAUGGCGCAGUAUUGGCCACGUCUGCAGUGACCCCAACUAACUGGCAGCACCACCACCUUCCUGAAUGUCACGAAAGAACAUUACUGGAGCCAACACAUGUCGAUGAAUGAUGCCUGUUCACGUGAAACAGAAAACAUUCUGGCCAAAACCACGGCACAAGCGAGACAACAAUGGUGUGCGUCAUGACGACGACACGGAUCUUCACGAUGCUGAGAACAACGGACGACGGCGAGUCCACGUGAACACGAGCUGAGACGCUGUAUUACCUCAACACCCAGUUCCUAAUUUAUACCCUGCUGAUGUAUUUGUACCAAAAAAAACUUGAUGGAAAUAAAAACUGCUAUGAAUGUGUUUUGGCAGCAGUUUCCAAAAACCUGUACAGAAUUUACGACUAUGGUGACGUGUGAUUUGUAUCGUAACAACUUGGACCGAGGCGACUGAAAUCGUAAUGUUUCAGAGGACUUUUUGUUUCAAUUGGGAAAGCUUUCCGCCUGGGACUGAGGCUUGCAGGCAUCUGGCAGCCCACAGGUGUUCGAGCGAGUAUCUUUGUUUUUGUGUUUUCCAAGUGCAAAGUAUUUGUCUGCAGCAAGCCAUGAAGGGUUUCCUUAAUAAA